AUGAAGACUUUCGCGAGCCUGGCCCUGGUCGCCUGCCUUGUCGUGGGUAUCAAUGCUCUCCCAAAGCCUCAUGGUGACGCAAUCUCCAAGUCUGCCCGGUCUGAUGACACGGCCGACGCCGCCCUCUAUGGCCCAGUCGACUGGGACAAGAAGAAGCGAGGUGAUGACGCGACCGAUGCUGCCCUCUAUGGCCCAGUCGAUUGGGACAAGAAGAAGCGAGGUGAUGACGCGACCGAUGCUGCCCUCUAUGGCCCAGUCGAUUGGGACAAGAAGAAGCGAGGUGACGAUGCGACCGAUGCUGCCCUCUAUGGUCCGGUUGACUGGGACAAGAAGAAGCGAGGUGAUGAUGCGACCGAUGCCGCCCUCUAUGGUCCGGUUGACUGGGACAAGAAGAAGCGAGGUGAUGAUGCGACCGAUGCUGCCCUCUAUGGUCCGGUUGACUGGGACAAGAAGAAGCGAGGUGAUGAUGCGACCGAUGCCGCCCUCUAUGGUCCGGUUGACUGGGACAAGAAGAAGCGAGGUGAUGAUGCGACCGAUGCCGCUCUUUACGGCCCAGUCGAUUGGGAUUAA